UGGAAGCCAUUUGUGAUGCGGUUUACAUCGAAUCUCUAACGUUGUGAUUUUUUCCGCGCGAACGUGUACUUUUUUACCGAAACCAGUGUAUUUUUCGUGGACCGAUUGCUGAAAUCAAGCGAUUCAGCAUGGACAUCAGACCGAACAACACGAUAUACAUAAACAACCUGAACGAGAAGAUCUCGCAGGUGGAAUUGAAGAAGUCCUUGUACGCGAUCUUCUCACAGUUCGGGCAGAUCCUUGAUAUCGUAGCCAUGAGGACUUUGAAGCUACGAGGGCAGGCUUUCGUUAUCUUCAAGGAGAUUCAAAGUGCUACUAGUGCUCUACGAUCAAUGCAAGGAUUCCCUUUCUACGAUAAAGCUAUGAGGAUACAGUAUUGUAAAACUGAUUCAGAUGUUAUUGCGAAGAUGAAGGGAACGUUUACGGAGAGGCCUAAGAAGGUGAGACCGCCUCCAUCGAAGGACGACGAGGCGCCAAAGAAGAAGAAAAAGAAUAAGGACCCGAACAGGGUGCCUGGUGGCAACAACGCCGAACAACCUCCGAAUCAAAUCCUCUUCCUCACCAAUCUGCCAGACGAAACCAGCGAACGGAUGCUCUCCAUGUUAUUCAAUCAAUUCCCCGGCUUCAAAGAGGUGCGUCUCGUGCCCAAUCGACACGACAUCGCCUUCGUCGAGUUCGAGAACGAGCUGCAAUCCGGCGCCGCCAAGGAUUCGCUUCAGGGCUUCAAAAUCACUCCAACGCACGCCAUGAAAAUCUCCUUCGCCAAGAAGUAGACAUCCAUUGUUUUGUCAAUUUAGGGUCGAGUCAACUAUUUUUAAGCAUUAAUAAUAAAACAAACAAACAAAAAAAACGAAGAGAAAAGGCGAUUAUUUCCUUUUGAAUUUGUAGAA